GAGAAGGAACGAAAUGGCGAGGAGGAUGUUAGAUCAACGCUAGUUUCGGUUAGAAAAUCUAUUGCUGCUCGAGUGAAAGUUGUUUACUUACCUGACCAACCGGUAAUCGAAAGGACUAUGCACCCAACAACUUGCUGACAGGAUAUACAGGGCUGUCAAGAUGAGCGUAGACGCAUAUGGACCAAGUUCACAAACCCUAACUUUCUUGGACACCGACGAGCCCGAUUUGUUGGGAGCGGACACACAGGGCUCAGAGUUUGAUUUUACCGACUUUACUUUACCAUCUCAGACACAGUCUCAAACCCAAGCAUCUCAACUCGACCCAGAUCAGAGCCAGAGUCAGGUCAAUGGGCUUGACAUCUCCUUGCAGAACGGACUGGAUAAAAAUUUCAAUGCAAUUAACCAGGGAGUUGGGGAGUUGACAUUUGAAGAAGAUGAGGAAGAUCAGUUUUAUAUGAAAGAUCUCCCCAAACAUGCCUGUUCAUACUGUGGAGUGCAUGAUCCAGCUAGUGUUGUCUUUUGUAACACAACCAAGAAGUGGUUCUGUAAUGGCCGAGGUAACACAUCUGGCAGCCACAUCAUUAAUCACUUGGUGAGGGCCAAGGCUAAAGAAGUGACCCUUCACAAAGAUGGGCCCCUCGGGGAGACAGUGCUGGAGUGUUACAACUGUGGGUGUAGGAACGUCUUCUUACUGGGCUUCAUCCCUGCCAAGGCUGACUCCGUUGUUGUGUUGUUGUGUCGUCAGCCAUGUGCCACACUCAGCAGCCUCAAGGAUAUGAACUGGGAUCCUAGCCAGUGGCAGCCCCUGAUCCAAGACCGGCAGUUCUUACCGUGGCUGGUCAAGGUACCUGCUGACCAUGAGCAGCUGAGAGCAAGACAAAUCACUGCACAGCAGAUCAACAAGCUGGAGGAGCUCUGGAAGGACAAUCCUGAUGCCAAGUUAGAAGAUUUGGAGAAACCCGGUGUAGAUGAGGAGCCCCAACAGGUGUUGUUGAGAUAUGAAGAUGCGUAUCAGUACCAGAACAUCUUUGGGCCCUUGGUGAAGCUGGAAGCAGACUACGACAAGAAGUUGAAGGAGUCGCAAACCCAGGACAAUAUCGUGGUCAGAUGGGACGUGGGACUCAACAAAAAGAGGAUUGCUUACUUCCAGUUGCCCAAAGCUAAUGAAGAGAUGAAGCUGAUGCAUGGUGAUGAGUUGAGACUGAGAUACCUGGGAGAACUCCACAAGCCCUGGUCAGGGGUUGGUCAUGUCAUCAAGAUUCCUGACAACUACAGUGAUGAGGUGGCAAUAGAGCUGAAGAGUAAUGCAGGAGUACCUGCGGAGUGUACUCACAACUUUGUGGUGGACUUUGUCUGGAAAUCUACAUCUUUUGACAGGAUGCAGGCUUCUCUGAAGACGUUUGCUGUGGACGAGACUUCCGUGUCUGCGUACAUCUACCACCGCCUGUUAGGACAUGAGGUAGAAGAUGUGGUGAUCAAGUGCUCCCUUCCUAAGCGGUUCAGUGCCCCAGGCUUACCUGAGCUCAACCACUCACAGGUGUACGCUGUCAAGACAGUGCUUCAGAGGCCCCUCAGUCUAAUUCAGGGACCCCCUGGCACAGGUAAGACUGUCACCUCAGCCACUAUUGUACAUCAUCUGUCCAAACAGCUCCAGGGACAGGUGCUGGUCUGUGCACCGUCUAACAUUGCUGUGGAUCAGCUGACGGAGAAGAUACACCGCACUGGACUGAAGGUUGUACGGCUCUGUGCUAAGAGCAGAGAGGCAAUUGAUUCCCCAGUCUCCUUCCUGGCUCUUCACAAUCAGAUCAGGAACAUGGACAGUGUGCCUGAGCUUCAGAAAUUACAACAGCUGAAGGACGAGACUGGAGAGUUAUCCUCCCAGGAUGAGAAGCGAUACAGGGCCCUGAAGAAGCAGUGUGAGAGGGAGCUGUUACAGCAUGCGGAUGUGAUCUGUUGUACGUGUGUGGGUGCUGGAGACCCAAGGCUGGCUAAGAUGCAGUUCCGAUGUGUGCUGAUUGAUGAGAGCACACAGGCCACAGAGCCAGAGUGUAUGAUCCCUGUUAUCUUAGGCUGUAGACAGCUGAUCCUGGUGGGUGACCACUGUCAGCUUGGUCCAGUGGUGAUGUGUAAGAAGGCGGCUCGAGCAGGACUCUCCCAGUCUCUGUUUGAGCGACUUGUCGUGCUGGGAAUCCGACCAAUCAGGCUACAGGUGCAGUACAGGAUGCACCCCGCCCUCAGUAACUUCCCCUCGAACAUCUUCUAUGAGGGAUCCCUGCAGAAUGGUGUCACAGCAGCUGAACGUGUGAAGAAGGGACUGGAUAUCCCCUGGCCUCAGGCAGAGAAGCCUAUGUUUUUCUACACAACCACAGGACAAGAGGAGAUCUCCAGCUCUGGUACAUCCUACUUGAACAGAACUGAAGCUGCUAACACAGAGAAGAUCGCAACACGUUUCCUGCGCUCUGGGAUCCGGCCUGAGCAGAUUGGUAUCAUCACACCCUAUGAGGGUCAGAGGUCAUAUCUGGUACAGUACAUGCAGUACAGUGGUGGACUCAACAAGCUUCUGUAUCAGGAGAUAGAAGUGGCCAGUGUGGAUGCCUUCCAGGGCCGUGAGAAAGACUUCAUCAUCUUGUCAUGUGUCCGUUCUAACGAACAUCAAGGGAUUGGAUUCUUGAAUGACCCCAGGCGACUGAAUGUGGCCUUGACCAGAGCUAGGUAUGGCAUUAUUGUUGUUGGGAACCCCAAGGUUCUGUCCAAGCAGCCAUUGUGGAAUCACCUGCUAACCCAUUACAAGGAGCAGAAAUGUUUGGUCGAAGGACCUCUGAACAACCUGAAGGAGAGCCUCAUUCAGUUCAGUAAACCUCGCAAACUCAUCAACACCACCAACCCAGGUGGUCGCUUCAUGAGCUCCACUAUGUUUGAUGCCCGAGAGCUGAUGAUUCCGGGCAGCAUGUAUGACCGCUCCUCUCAGGUGAACGGAGGGGUGUCAUACAGAGAGCCACUGAUCAGAACCCACGACCAGCUAGGGUUCAUAGGACCAGACCGAGGGUUUGCCAGCGGGCUUAACCUGCCCGUGCCUGUGGGGAUGUUCAUGCCUCCCUUACAGCAGCCCUUCCCUACCCAGCCCAUGCAGCAAGGUAACCGCGGGCCUCCUCGCAGCAGAGGACCCCCUGGGCGCAGGCAAAAGCCUCCUCGUUACAGUAACACCCAGCCCCAGGGUAACCCACAUGUGAAUUACGGCUCCCAGAGUCAGGCCAGCCAGGAUGCCUCUCAGCCGUUCUCACAGGGCCCUCUGACACAGGGCCACAUGUCAAUGAGCCAGCCUUUCCAGAUGAGUCAGCCAGGGCUAACGGGCCUUUCUCAGCCAGAACUGUCUCAGGACAGUUAUCUGGGGGAUGACUUUAAGUCCCAGGCGGAUGGUAUGCUGUCCCAGGACUCCACCUAUCAGGGAGACCGCCUGUUCUACGCCUCUCAGCUGUCCCAGGGGCCCUUCAAUUAGACAGAGGUUUGCCAACAUCCUACUGUGGAAAGGCUUUAGGAGAAAACAUGAUGAGAGCUCCACCAGUGUCCGCCAGGAAAGAUACAUAGAUUGGCAGGUGUCCAGCGAGUGUGAUCCAGCAAGAGCCGCCAUCGCUGAGGGUGAGAUGAGGAGAGUUACCUCCCCAUGACCAGCCACGUCGCGAGGUGCACAAGCCCGCGUCCUUAUCACCAGGCAACUGUCGCUCACCAGGGGGAGUUUGCCUCGCACAGCGCCGAUGCUGAUAGCGCUCUGGUGCGGGCGGCAGGCGGCACCAAUGUGAAUGGUGGGUAGACAAACGUGGACGACAUCAGCCGUGACAAAUAAAGAUGGAGAGCUGAGCGGUAUCUUUCACCUGGAGAGUGGAGAAGAAGGAGUUCAAUUUUGUAUCCAGCAGACAUGUUUACCAGCACCCCCUUCCCUGGCGUUGAGGGCCCCAAAACAAGGGACACAUGGCAAGGGUUCCAGCAGAGAAACCCUAAUGUAUCCCAUGAUACACUCAUGAUUAACUUCCCGAGAAGCUUAGGGGAAAAAAAAAUGGGACAAAGAGAUCAUAACAAUAUUAACUUGGUACACUUACAUCUGAUAUGUUGUUUGCCUGCUUGAGUCAUCAGCCUGUGCAGAUAAUAAAGGUGUUUGUUUUUGUCAUUCUUGAAAAAGAAAAGAAUUGACUUUUACGCUAUGGGACAAGGAGAUGGGACAAGCUGUUUGAGUAUCUUGUUUUCUUUUAGAAUUACUUUAUAUGCCUCAUAUGUCAGUUAAUACAUGUAAUUCCCCCCUGGGUGAGGAUGGUUGAAAUGACAGGACUGACUUGACUAAAAUGCUGAUGAACAUGGUUAGGAAAGUGGGAGGAGUGAACGGAAUGUCACCACUGGUGAUUGAUGGCUUCGCCCGGAUGCUGGAGGGAAGACUAGAAUUGUCUGUAACUUAUUAUAUGGUGUCUCUUACACUAAGCUCACAACAGGCAUGUCAGUCGUCCAUCCGACUGAUCUCGGAUGUUGUUUGUUAUUCUCUCCGAAUGUUAAGAAAUUGAAGGCCAUCAAAGUCUGAUGUGCA